AUGACAUACAACACCAGGGAUUCGCUGGUCGUCACCGACCCAACUACUAGUCUGGCCCUCACUGGCUUAUCUAUGGGAGAGCGGACGGGAUCCCGAGUUUUCCAGUGGGUAUGGUCGUAUGUGAUUGUUUCGCCCAUGUUGAGCACUUACAUUUGCUGGCGUAGCAUGCUUUCUCUUGCUUGUCUCCUUUUCCCUCACGUCUGUCACGGUGAACCGAUCUAA